UGCGGGAACAUGCGGCUGGUGGAGGGGCGCAGCGGCCCGGCCUUCAUUCCUUAUCAUCCGCUGAUGCUGCAGCGCUCUAAUCCAGUCUGGACCAACUGGGAAGAGCCGGGGGUGGCGCGAGGACAGGAUGGAUUCAUAGGAUAAUAUCACACACCCAAAUUCACAAUGAUUCCUAUAGCUAUCCUGUGGUUUGGGCUUUUUCUGCACCUUCCUACUCCAACCAGCCCAGCGUGUUUUCGGGGUAAAGAAGCAGAGUGUCAAGAUGCUGAUUUUGCACCAGGAUCUGAUUUGGCUGGGGAGGGUUUCGACAUAACUAAGAUGCAACGCCUGGGGACUUUCGUCAUCGACAUGAGUAAGUGGGAGCUCAAAAACAACACAUGUAACCUGUGCAAAAAUCCAUUCAUGAACAACAAAAAGCAGAAGCUCCCAUUGUCUGUGGUUUACUGGAGGGCCACCCAAAAGUGCAGCAUGUCAUUAUCCAGCUCCAUUUAUGAGUCCAGCGAGUCCCUUGUCAGUUCCAGCACCUCCUCCGUAGAGAACAACUGGAAAGCCGGCCUGGGAAUAGGCAAUGUGAUGAAUAAGAUGUCGCUGAUGUUCGCUGGAACUAACUCUAGACUCGCUGUGUAUUCAAUGAGGAAGACCAAAAAGGACAAGUACAGCUUCAUCAAACAGUCUGCGUCCUGCGGAUACUACAGCUACAGGAUUUCCAGCCACUCUCCAAUACAUCAAGAACUAAACCUUGAUUUCACAAACCUUCCAGAGACAUAUGACAACCAAACAAAAGAAAGCUACUUGUCACUUGUUGAAAAGUUUGGCACACAUUACAUUGUCCAGGUGAAACUGGGUGGAGCUGUGCAAUCUGUGACCAGUGUCCAACAAUGCAAGGCUUCUCUACAGGACCUCAGUACAGAUGAGGUCAAAACAUGUCUGGACGUCGAGGCAUCUGCAAGUGUAACAGGGAGGAUUAGUGUAGACACAGCAUACCGUCACUGUAAACAGACCGAAGACAAAAAACUGAGCAAGCACAGUUUUGCUCACAGAUUUAGUGACAGGUUAACUGAAAUCACUGGUGGCCACACUCAAGACACUGCGCUUCUCUUCUCAGCCACCAAUGAUCCUGGAGCUUACAAACAGUGGCUCUCCUCAGUGCCAGGAAAACCAGAUGUAAUUUCCUUUUCAUUGAAACCACUCCAUAUGUUGAUGCCAGUCAAGAACCCAAAAUACGGCCAAUUACGCCGAGCCAUUCGUGACUACAUACUGCAGAGGGCCCUUUGGAAGAACUGCUCCUCACCUUGCAAGGUCGGUAUUGCAAGAAACCCCAAGGAACCCUGUGUGUGCAGCUGUCAUAACAGCCCUGGAGUAAAAGCAAACUGCUGCCCUACACAGCGUGGAAUUGCUCAAAUUACUGUAAUUGUGAAAAAGGCGACAGGUCUAUGGGGAGAUUACUUCACACAGACUGAUGGGUAUGUCAAGGUCCUGAGAAAUCACAAGGUCUUUCUAGGGGAGACGCCAGUGAUUUGGAACCGAAACUCACCAACAUGGAACUGGAAGUUUGAUCUCGGCAGCUUCGUUCUCUCUCAGUUUGGGGGUCUGAGACUAGAGGUGUGGGAUAGAGACAACAAGUGGGACGAUGACUUACUUGGGGCGUGCAACAUACAACUGAAUAAUGGCAAAAAAAGUAACUUCUGUUCACUCAACCAUGGUAUGCUGUACUACAAAACAUCUGUAACUUGUGGUCCUAGUUUAACUGGCUCCUUAUGCACAGAGUACGUGGGCUUUCCAAUGUCUUCCCAUCUGGAGAAGUUAUAUGUGUCACGACAUGCCCGGCCCAUCCCGGAAGAUGUGCUCGUGAAAAUGGGGGUGCUUUUAAAAGAGCGCCGCUUUCAGUUCAGUCAGACCAGUGAUCCUAAAAGAAAAACUCAGACUUUGUGAAAGCGAAAUAGAAAAUAAUGCUUAGCAUUAAAGCACAAUAAAAAAUAAAUAGCAUUAAAAAAAUUCGGAACUAUCAAACCAAUGUGUGUUUUGCUUCUCAGAAUUUGUAUUUUAGAAUUGGCAUUGACAUUUACUUUGUUUUCUUGAUGUUAUUCAGAUCUUUGUUAUGAUAUGUGACUGAUAGUUGACAUGUAGUUAAAAAGUUACUUCUAGUUAGUAAAAUGUCUAAAAUGGACUAUCACAGUGAAAGUGUAACCUUUUUCACUAUAUUUUCUGAUUAUGUUUUGCAUUUGCUUGCAUGCUAAUUUGUGUGGUUAAUAAAGCAAUUAUGAAAACA